CGAAGAAACCGGAGAUCUUCAGUUGCGCGCUGACGACCGAACCGAACGGACGCGAAAAAAGGAAGGACCAGCAGUAGUGAGCAGUGUAGUGGCCUAAACAGUGAAGAGACCAAGUGAAGAAGAUUAUUCAAAUGAGGAACCGCCUAUCUGAUUGAAAGGAGUGGAACACAUAUUGAACACAUUGAGUGCGGUUCGGUGAUAAUUAAGGCAAGAGGCCCAUCCAGGGGAGAUCACCCCCAAAAAACCCCCAUCGAUCGCUCCUUCGCGAGAUCGUACGAUGGGUGGUAGUGGAGUUCGCCUAGCGGCGGCUGCACUUUUGCUGUCGGCAACGAUAGCAUCUGUCCAGUCGGAACUCACGCCACCGUACUUCAACCUUGCCGAGGGUCGUAAAAUCACCGCAUCGGCCACCUGCGGUGUGGACACCGAUGGUCCCGAACUGUACUGUAAACUGGUCGGAGCCAACACCGAAAACGAACAGCAGAACCAAUUCCAGUACCAGGUUAUCCAGGGACAGGUUUGUGACUUUUGUGAUCCCAGCAUCCCGGACAAGAGCCACCCGGCCGAGUAUGCCACCGAUGGAACGGAAAACUGGUGGCAAAGUCCGCCGCUAUCGCGAGGCAUGAAGUAUAACGAGGUCAACUUGACCAUCGAUUUCGGACAGGAAUUCCAUGUGGCGUAUCUGUUCAUCCGUAUGGGCAACUCUCCCCGUCCCGGCUUGUGGACUUUGGAGAAAUCGAUCGAUUAUGGAAACACGUGGCAGCCAUGGCAGCACUUUUCCGAUUCGCCCGCCGAUUGCGAAACCUACUUUGGGCGGGACAGCUUGCGACCGAUCAUGAACGACGAUGAUGUGAUCUGUACGACCGAAUACUCGAAAAUCGUCCCGUUGGAGAAUGGUGAGAUUCCCGUCAUGUUGCUGAACAAUCGUCCUUCGGCCAACAACUAUUUCAACUCGACUGCACUACAGGAAUGGACUCGCGCAACCAAUGUACGAAUUCGUCUGUUGCGUACGAAAAAUCUUUUGGGACAUUUGAUGUCAGUUGCACGUCAAGAUCCUACCGUUACAAGAAGAUACUUCUAUUCGAUCAAGGAUAUCUCGAUCGGAGGUCGUUGUAUGUGUAACGGUCAUGCAAAUACAUGUAAUGUGUUGGACCAUCGUUCGCCGACUCGAAUUUUGGCGUGUCAGUGCCAGCACAACACGUGUGGUAUUCAGUGCGCUGAGUGUUGCCCAGGAUUCGAGCAGAAGAAGUGGCGUCAGAACACGAACGCUCGUCCAUUCCAGUGUGAACCCUGUAAUUGUCACGGCCAUUCUAGUGAGUGCGUCUACUCGGAAGAAAUUGACGAAAAACAGCUUUCAUUGGAUAUCCACGGUAACUACGAGGGUGGCGGUGUUUGCCAAAACUGCCAGGACAAUACAGAAGGCAUCAACUGUAACAAGUGCAAGAACACGUUCUAUCGCCCCUAUGGAAAGCGCUGGGAUGAGACGGAUGUCUGUCAACCUUGUAACUGCGAUCACUUCUACUCCACUGGAAACUGUGAGGAAGAGACCGGACGUUGCGAGUGCCGUCCAGAAUUCAAUCCUCCGAACUGUGAUUCUUGUUCUUACGGGCACUUUGGGUAUCCGAACUGUCGUCCUUGCGAGUGCAACCUGAAUGGAACCAUCGGUUACCACUGUGAAGCCAUCAACGGGGAAUGUCCGUGCAAGCCAAACUUUGGAGGAGCUCACUGCAAACAGUGCGCUAAUGGAUAUUACGAUUUCCCGGAGUGUGAACCUUGCGGAUGUAACGAAGUGGGUUCGGUUAGCGAUGUGUGUGACUUUGGAACUGGACAAUGUCAGUGUAAGCCGAACUUUGCUGGUCAACAUUGCGAAAAGUGCAAGAACGGAUUUUUCAACUAUCCAGCUUGUACAUAUUGUAACUGCGACAGCCGUGGAACGCUGGAUGAAGUUUGCGAUAAAGGUAAUGGCCAGUGUCUGUGCCGUGAAGGCUAUGGAGGUCCUCGGUGUGACCAGUGUAUUCCUGGCUACUACAACUACCCGGAUUGCGUACCAUGUAACUGCUCGGGGGCAGGAAGCGUUUCCACGGUUUGUGACAUGACCGGAAAGUGUUCUUGUCUACCGAACUUCUCUGGAAGACAGUGUACCAUGUGUCUUCCGGGAUAUUACCAAUACCCGGAAUGUUUGCCAUGUAACUGUGAUGUUCAUGGAUCGAUCGGCUUGUCUUGUAACAAUGAAGGUCAAUGUCAGUGUGCGUAUAAUUUCGACGGAAAAACCUGUAAUCAAUGCAAGGAGAGCUUUUACAAUUUCCCCGCUUGUGAAGAAUGUAACUGCGAUCCAGCAGGAGUUAUUGCCAAGUUUGCUGGAUGUGGAUCGGUACCUGCUGGAGAACUGUGUCAAUGUAAAGAACGAGUCCAUGGAAGAAUAUGCGACAAAUGUAGACCGCUGUAUUGGAACUUGAAUGCUAGCAAUCCACACGGAUGUCAGGACUGCGAAUGUUUCUUCGAUGGAACAAUUGGCGCCUUGGAUACAUGUGAUACCAAAACUGGUCAAUGUGCUUGUAAACCAUCGGUAACAGGUCGUCAAUGCGCGGAAUGUAAGGACGGUACUUUUGAUUUGUUUGGAGCCAGUUUGUUUGGUUGCAAGGAUUGUGGUUGUGAUAUUGGAGGAUCAGCAAAUAAUGUCUGUAAUAAGGAAACCGGUCAGUGUAAAUGUCACCCUAGGGUAACAGGUCGUACUUGUACCUACCCAUUGACCACACAUUACUUCCCAACACUGUACCAAUUCCAAUAUGAAUAUGAAGAUGGAUACACACCGUCUGGAGCACAAGUACGCUAUCAAUUCCAUGAAGAUGUAUUCCCAGAAUUCAGCAAACGAGGCUACGCAGUUUUCUCUGGUUUGCAAAACGAAGUCAUUAAUGAAGUUUCCAUUCAUAAAUCAUCUGUGUAUCGUUUGGUUAUUCGAUAUAAGAAUCCAACAUCAGAAAAUGUGAUUGCCCAAAUUUUGAUCACCCCAGAUAAUCCUACUGAGUUGGAACAGAAGGCAAAAGUAUUGUUCAAACCAAACACAUAUCCUGAAUUUGUCACCGUGUCAGGUGCGAAGGGAGAAAUACCAUCACCUGUAGUCUUAGAUCCUGGACGGUACACUAUCAAUAUCAAAACAGAUAAGAACGUCUUCCUGGACUAUUUCGUCCUUCUACCGGCUGCAUACUAUGAAGCUUCGAUCUUGACUAAAAAGAUUGAGAACCCUUGCGAGUUCACCGACCUGGAGCUGUGCCGACACUUUAAGUAUCCAAAUAUUAUGGAAUUCAAACCGCAAUUGGAAGCACAUAUUGUAGAAGGUGACGAUUCUUUCAAACCCGGAGAGUACUUCAAAGACUACGAACAUUUGGAUGUCAUCAAAGAAGAAAACCUCCCACUACUGACGGUCGAUCAGAACGAGUUAAGCUACGCAUUGGAUGUUCCACGACCUGGACGCUAUGUUCUAGUCGUAGACUACAUUACAAAUCGUAACUACCCAGAAAGUUCGAUUCUUCAGAUCAAUCAAAUGGGCGACAUUGAACAAGAUGGCACAGCUACAGCAUAUCCGUGUAUCUAUACAACAGUAUGCCGUCAACCAGUGAUUGAUAAAGAAUCACGAGAGAAGGUGUUCUACAUUGAUCCCAACAACCGAAAGCCAAUAACUGUAUCAAGUCAAGACCCUACUGGAUCAGUUGCCAUCAAAUCCGUAACAGCUAUUCCGUAUGAAGAAUGGUCCACCGAUUACAUCAGCCCCAAUCCAGUUUGCGUAAUGCAGAAAGGAAAAUGCGUAGUAACUACCUAUCGUACUGCUCCAGACUCUAAGAAGAUCGAGUUUGAGUCGGACAACGAAGAUCGCAUUGCCGAAACUAAUCCCAGCGAUCUUUCAGACGAUUCCACCAAACUCAUCUACUUGGAUAAGGAUGAACCGGCACUGAAUGUUAAGGCCAAGGUUUCACAUCCCGAUCGUUAUGUAGUAAUUGUGAAAUUCUACCAACCCAACCAUCCAACAUAUAACAUUCAAUACCGAAUUGAAAGCGAUCGUCAAAACUACGACGGUAAGUUGCUGCUGAGACACUGUCCUGCCAACUCCGGUUGCCGCGAAGUACUGAAACAAGACAAUGGAUAUAUCUGGUUCGAUUUGGAGGACACAUUUGACUUCACUCUGCUGAGCAGUGUCACCAAAGGGGUUUGGUUGGAUUACAUUUUGUUGGUGCCUGCUGAUCAGUUCCACGAAGAUCUUCUCCAAGAAGAAACGUUCGAUCAAACCAAGGAGUUCAUUCAAAAAUGCGGCCAAGACCACUUCCAUAUUCAGCUGAAUGCAAGCGAUUUUUGCAAGCAAGCUGUGUUCUCUUUGACGGCAGACUACAAUACUGGCGCCUUACCAUGUGCUUGCGAUUACUACGGUUCCAACAGUUUCGAGUGCGAGCAAUUUGGAGGUCAAUGUCAGUGUAAGCCAUUCAUCAUUGGCCGUCAAUGCGAAGCUUGUAAAACCGGAUAUUUUGGAUUCCCGGAUUGUAAGCCCUGCGAUUGUCCAUCCACUGCUCUUUGUCAAAAGGAUACCGGAGAGUGUAUUUGCCCAGAUCGCGUUACAGGUGAAAAAUGUGACCAAUGUAUGCCCUAUACUUUCGGAUACGACCAAAUCAUUGGUUGCGAGGAGUGUAACUGCCAUCCACUGGGCGUCGCAAAUAACAACCUUCAGUGCGAUUUGGAGAGUGGUGUGUGCGACUGUAAAUCAAACGUGGUUGGUCGAUCUUGUGAUCAUUGCCAAUUCGGAUUCUUUAACUUCCCGUAUUGUGAACCUUGCAAAUGCGACAUCCGAGGAACUACGUUUGAAAUCUGUGAUCAGAACGACGAGACCUGUUUCUGUAAGAAAAAUGUUCAAGGUCGGGAUUGUAACCAGUGUGUGGAUGGAACCUACAAUUUGCAGGCUUCGAAUCCUGAGGGCUGUACCAAAUGCUUCUGUUUCGGACACACUUCCGUUUGUGAGACGGCUUUCCUUCGACCAUUCAACGUGAGUAUGAUGAAGGACGUUUCACUCAACACCAUAAAGCUGUCGGGAGGAAAACCACAAAUUUCGCCUUGGAUUGUGCACGGUGAUAUCAUGAUCAACGAAACAUCUGCCGAAGUGGCACUGAGUGACGUAGAUAACGAAGAAUUGCUCUCCGGACUGGCUUACUUUGGAAUGCUGGACCAUCUCUUGGAUCUGAACAGCCACAUAACUGCGUAUGGUGGAUAUUUAACAUACAAAAUCUUCUAUACAAAUGGACUGUUUGGCUCAUCAUUGAUCGGUCCGGACGUUAUCUUGGAGGGUAAAAAUAUGGUCGUCACUCAUCAGAGUAUUGAGCAGCCAGCGUCGAAUACGUUGUUCAAUGGACGAGUUCAAAUGGUUGAGACGAACUUCCAAACUGCUUCGGGAGGCCCGGUAACGCGUGAACAGUUUAUGGUGCUGCUGAGAGACCUGAAAGCCAUUUACGUUCGUGCGUCCUACUGGGAAAAUGGCUUAUCUACGGUUGUUUCCGAUGUUAGCUUGACCAUGGCCCAUGACGAUCCAGGCAAUUACAAUAUGUAUGAGGAGCUGUCCGUAGAACGCUGUUCGUGUCCCCCAGGAUAUACUGGAUUAUCAUGUGAAGAUUGUGCUCCGGGCUACUACCGCGAUCCAGAUGGACCAUACGGAGGUUAUUGCGUACCUUGUCAAUGCAACGGUCAUGCUGAAACUUGCGAUUGCAAUACAGGCAUUUGCAGUGAAUGCCAACACUACACUACCGGUGAUCACUGUGAGAUGUGCGUUGAAGGAUACUACGGUAAUGCUACCCGGGGUUCUCCAAAUGAUUGUAUGAUCUGCGCAUGUCCGCUACCAGUCGAUUCAAACAAUUUUGCUACAACUUGUGAAGUUUCGGAGGACGGCUAUGAAAUUCAUUGUGAAUGUAAGCCUGGUUAUACAGGCGAGAAGUGUCAGAGUUGUGCUCCAGGUUUCUUCGGACAGCCUGAAGUAGAGGGUGAAGUUUGUAGACCUUGUGAAUGCUCUGGUAACAUCAACCCAGAAGAACCCGGAUCUUGCGAUUCUGUAUCAGGAGAAUGUUUGCUCUGCCUAAACAACACUUUUGGACGAGCUUGUAAUCUGUGUGCGCCAGGAUUUUACGGAGAUGCAGUUAACCUGAAGGAUUGUCAGAGCUGUAUUUGCGACGCUGUUGGCACAGAACAUUGCGACAAUUUCAUAGGCACCUGUAACUGCUACCCGAAUGUAAUAGGUGAAAAGUGCGAUCGCUGUGAAGUUGACCAUUAUGGCUUUGAGUCAGGUCGAGGGUGUAUGGCAUGUGAUUGCGGAAUUGCUUCCAACAGCACACAAUGCGAUGAUCAUACGGGUAAAUGCGCUUGUAAACCAGGUGUGACAGGCCGACAGUGUGAUCGUUGUGAACCGGGCUACUGGAAUUAUACCGAGAAUGGCUGUCAACCAUGUUCGUGUAAUACGGAUUACUCCAGAGGAUUGGGAUGUAAUGCCCAGACUGGGCAGUGUGAGUGUUUGUCUGGAGUUGUCGGAGAGAAGUGUGAUUCAUGCCCAUACCGUUGGGUACUGAUUCCUGACACUGGCUGCCAGGAAUGUGACGGCUGUCAUCAUGCUUUGUUGGAUGUAACGGAUGAGCUGAAGGAAUACAUCGACCCUGUAUUACAAGACAUCGAAACAGUUGCUGAUGAUUAUUACACAUCUCAAAAGUUGAAGUACUUUGACGAUCUUGUCGAUGAAAUAGAACCGGCUGUUCGUAAACUGGAUCCACAUGGUGUAAAUCUGAAUCCACCAAGACAACAAGUGGAAUCACUAGAGAUGGAUGUUAAGAAUCUCGACCGUCGAAUUCAAUACGCUGACCAAAACGUUAAUGAUCUCUUUACAAAGAGUGGAAGCCUGUUGAAGGGAUCUUCUGACAUCUUGGACUCUUGUCGGUUCGUAAACAUCAACACUCGCAACACAGUCACUGAAGUUGAAAAGUUGGCAGAAAACUUGGGUAAGUCAGAAACUCACAAAUUGGAACAGGCCCACGCAGAAGCGCUCAACUAUCUGCAACUGAUUAAGCAAUAUUCAGCUACUCCUGGAAGUCUUAACGUACAACUAGACAAUGCAACUGAACUGCUUGCAAAGGUAGAAGAGUUUGCACUUCCUGUCCACAGUCAACAAGAUAGACUUAACAAGCUUAUGCACAGUAUUGGAGAAUUCGACGUAAAGCUAGAGGAUUUGUACAACUGGAGUCUUAAAAUUGAAGAGGAAAGUCGUGCAACAGCUAAGUUAAACAACAAAAAUAAUGGAGCUUUGGAUUCCAAGUUCGACACUGUAGCUGCUCAACACAAGGAAGCCAAGGAUAACAUUGAGAAUGCUAAGAAACUGUUGGACGAUUCCGCCAAAAUCAGCCUCGAUAUUUUCACAACUCACACUGAGUUAGAUAGAGACAACGCUGCCUUAAAGUACCUCAACAGCAAAGUAGAUCAAGAGCUGCCAGCGAACGAUCGAGAAUAUCAGGAGCUUGUUCCGAAGAUAGAAAGUGCCAAGGACUAUGCUGCAAACUUGAAGGAUGAAGCAUCUCGCCUGACGGCCAACUAUUCUGAUGUAACGGCUAACUCUGAAACAGCUUUGAAGGCGGCUACGGCGUACUCCAAAAUCGUAGAUGCAGUUAAUGAAGCAAAAGUGAACGCAGACCAAGCUGAACUCCUGGCGCAAAACGCUACGGAAUUAACAAAGGGAGUUGAUGAACGUGCAGGGGAAUCGGACAGUGAUUCACGCGAGUUGCUCAACGAUGCUGUGAAAUCACUUCUGUCUUUGCAGUCCGAUUUGGAACCACACAUCAACAAGUCCGUUGGAACUGUAGAACAUAUUAUGACGUCUAACAAGGACAGCGAUGAUGUCUUACACUCGAUCAAUCAGUCGCUUGACGGAAUUCCUGAAGAAUCCCAUACGAAUAAUUGGGAGAAUGCUAGAGAUCAAGCAAUUGACGCCCAGGAAAAUUCGCAGCAUGCCAUCAAAAUCUUGGAUCCAAUCAUAACUGAUUUACCGAAGAGCUUGUAUGUGGCUGAACAACUACCGAAAGAAAUCGAUCGAACUAACAAAAGCAUUCAGCUGGCUGCAAGUCAGAUCGAUCAGUACAAAAAUAUGAUCCCGAAAGUUUCAAUGAUGGUGGACGAAGUGGAGCAAAAGCAAGACAUGAUCGAUUCUAUGGUUAGUGACAUCGGCGAUCGUUUGGAAUCACUUAAAAAACAAAUCGCUAGUGCAAGAUCUUUGGCCAACAGUAUCAAGUUUGGAAUGACGUUCCAUCCAAACACCACAUUGGAAGUUAAACCUCCAGAGGUGUUGUCCCAGAUGGCUUCCAACUCAACCGUCUCGGCUUACUUUAAGACAAAUAAACCAGAAGGUUUCCUACUUUAUUUGGGUAAUGAAGUGAAGCCGGAUGCAAAGAAGAGUUCUCGUGAUGAUUACAUGGCUUUGGAAAUUGAGAACGGCUAUCCAGUUUUGUCGAUCGAUUUGGGUAACGAUCCUGAGAAGGUGAUCAAUCCGAAAUAUGUAGCAGACGACAAAUGGUAUCAGGCUAUUAUCGAUAGAAGCGGAAACAACGUUAAAUUGACAAUCCGUGAAGAGUUGGAGAAUGGAACGGAGAUGAUUCAUCCUAAGGAACAGACUCUGCCGGGUGCCUACAAUGUGUUCAACGUUGAUCAAAACAGCAAGCUUUUUGUUGGAGGUUACCCUCCAGAGUAUAACAUGCCUAACGAUGUGAAAUCAGGUGGAUUCGAUGGGCAAAUUCAAGACUUGCAGGUUGGAGGAGAACAUGUUGGAUUGUGGAACUUCGUGCAAGCGCAGAACGUUCAAGGAGGCAGAGAGCGAGACAAGCUGCUGGAUGAGGAUAAGCCGACAACUGGAUUCCGAUUCGGUGGUAAUGGAUACGUUAUGGUGGAUGCCAAGUCUUAUUCGUUCAAGCAUCGUUCACACAUUCAGUUCCGAUUCAAGGCAACUCAAGAUUCGCAAGACGGCUUACUAUUCUAUGCAGGAAGAAAUAGACACUUUAUUUCGAUUGAGAUGAAGGAUGGGCGAAUCGUAUUCCAGUUCAAGCUUGGUCAGCAUGCGGAGAUAGUAACAAUCGGUUCUGGACACGGCUUCAACGACGACGCUUGGCACACUGUUUCAGCAGAACGGGAUGGAGCUAUUGGCAAGUUAACAGUUGACGGAAAUGUAGUUUACCAAGAGGCAUCCAAUGCACAAGGCGAUAGAACAGUUGAACCAUUGAAGAUAUCCGAAUCUAUGUUCUUCGGUGGAUAUCCAGGCAAGAUCAACCAUUCAGAGGUGACAACAAAGGGCUUUGAUGGUUGCAUUGACGACGUGUACAUUUUGGGUACUAAGGUUGAUUUGAGUAUUAAUCAGAAGGCUUUGGAUAUACGUCCUGGAUGCCCAAUGAAGUUCUCAUCUCUACUAUCAUUCCCACCGCAUCAAUUCGGAUAUGUUAGCCAACCAGAAGUUGCAUCAGCAAACGGUCUUCAGGUUAACAUCAAGUUCAAGACUCACCAAGCUUACGGAGUUUUGUUCUACACAGCAAACGACGAUCAAAGUGCAACGUUCGGUUUGACAUUGGAGGAUGGCGUGUUGGUUCUAAGAAGCUCUAGAAAAGAACUUACCACAAGAAACAAUCGCUACAAUGAUGGUGAGUGGCACGCUGUUACCGCCACACAAGAAAACUACCGAUGGUCUUUGGUGGUAGAUGAUAGCGAUCCAUUUGUUUCCGACGAAGAGCCUGCACCGUUGGAUAUUGUUAGUGGAGAGAUUUACUUCGGAGGUUUACCAAAGAACUUUGUUACUCCAAAAUAUGCAAUUGCUACACCGGCAUACUUCUGGGGGUGCAUUCGAGAUGUGACAGUUAAUGGACAGAUUGUAAACUUUGCAAAUUUGAAGGAGAAGAAAUCAGCUGUUCUGGACCAAUGCUCCAAGGACAUAUUUGCAGUUGGCCCAAGUGAAGUUCCAUUAUACUAUCCAGAUGGUGGAAGUGAGCCGGUAGUAUUCACUUCAAGAUUUGAUACGGAUGAACGUAAACCCGAAGAUAGUGAAAAUGAAAUCGAGUCAGGUACUAAGGAUACCUGGGAAGAUAAAGAAGAAUUACCAGACGUUUAUGAAACCACUACAACAUCGACAACACCAACUACAACACAGACAACAACUCCAACUACUACAACCAAACGUCCUCGACCACCGCCAGAAAAACCUGAACCCACAUGUAAACUACCAGUCGUACCGGAUCAAGAUGUCGACUUUGAUGCUGGCUAUCGCUUUGGCACCGGGCCUUUCAGUCACAUUGAGUUCGACGAAAUCCCUCAAAAGAUUAAGAAACAAUACGAGUUCUCGCUUUCAUUCAAGACAGAAUCCUCUGAGGGAGUUUUGUUCUAUGCAGCUGACUCUCGACACACUGACUUUAUCGCUCUGUAUCUGCGAGAAGGUAAAGUAUUCCACUCGUUUAAUUGCGGUUCUGGAUCAGCCAAUAUCAGCUCGGAGCGAAGAUAUGACGACAAUGAGUGGCAUACUGUGCACUUCUCUCGAUUCCACAAUAAGGGCAAACUGGUCGUCGAUAGCGAAGAUGAAGUUCAUGGAGAGUCGGCAGGCAAUACGAGAACGAUGCAAGUUCAGGCUCCAUUCUUUGUGGGAGGUGUCUCCGGUGGUGAACAUUAUGAAGAUGUUGCACUCAAUUUGAAGAUCGACAAGAACAUUUUGGAGCGCGAUCAAUUUGUCGGUUGUAUCAUGGAUAUUCAAGCGUUCAACAGAGCUCUUGGUACACCUUCUAAUAUAACGCAAACAAUUCCAUGCUCUACGCAAAUCGAAACCGGCAUGUUCUUCGGUAAAGGAGGUGGUUUUGUGAAAUUGAGAGAAAAAUUCAAGGUUGGCACCGAACUUACUGUCAGCAUGGAUAUCAAACCUCGAUCAACGACUGGGUUGCUGAUGUCAGUGCAUGGCAAGCGUAGCUUCUUCGUACUGGAGCUGAUCAACGGAAACAUCAGCUUGACCGUCAACAAUGGCGAUGAACCGUUCACCGCGAUGUACAUACCAGAUCCAAGCGAGAACUUGUGCGACGGCCAGUGGCGCACAAUCACGGCGAUCAAGUCGUUCUACGUUACUACCAUCAAGGUUAAUGACGUUAGCUCCAAUCCGGCGAUUGGUGAUGCUCGAGCUGGGUCAACGGACACCACCAGGCCGCUGUUCCUUGGAGGACAUCCUCAUCUUCAGAAGAUCCGAGGGCUCACGGCUCGCGAACCCUACCAGGGUUGCAUCCGCAAUGUGGUAAUCCGCAACCAGCAGGAGCAAAUUACACCGAAGAUGUCGGUUGGCAACGUUCAAACCGGCGUUUGUCCUACCAUUUAAUUUUUAAGAGAAAUGAAUCUACUAAACUUACACACUGCCUUACGACCAACAAAACGAUGAUUAGA